UGGAGAUAAAGCAUUGAAUCACAGGCAUCAGUGCAUCUGUCCCAGCAACCACAACAGCACAGUCAGACAUGGCAAACAGACGGACGGGAGGAACAAACACACAGACGGGUAUCCACCACGACAAGCAACCCUGGCAGGUGCAGCAAUGAGAGGGCUUAGAAAGAGAGAGAGGGGGUAAAAAAAAAAGAAAGAAAAAAAUUGGGGGAUUUUUAUAUGGCCUCAUUGAAGACUCUCCAAUGGCGAUCAGUAAAAGCUUGCAGAAUUUGGACUUUAUUAACCCUGCAUCCUUUAAGUUAUGUUUGUGCUGUUUUUUGUUUAUUCCCAUUUGGUUCAUUCAAGUCUGAGAAGCUGUUAAGUGUAAAUUACUCUCUGGUCUCCAAGUGUGUGUGUGUUUUUCUUUUCUUUUUUUUGCGUGAGAACAAAUUUGAGCUUAGUAAAUUAUUGCUCUGUAGUGAUUUUAUUCCUUGAAGGUCCAUUAAUCCAAAUGAAGAGAUUGCUAUCAAGCUGACUAACUCUCUACUCAGCGUUCAGUUAAUUGUAAAUAUAUCAGUUUAGACCGUGAUAAUUGUGGGUUUGAUUUUGUCCUUGCCCUUGAGAAGGAUUUUAGUAUUGCAUUAUUUAUGUGGUUAUGUAUCAAAAAUGGAAAGGUUUAAACUCAAAUUACUACUUUUUAGUAAUUUGAGUUUUCAGUGUACAUAGCUUUUAAAUAACUUUAUCCCUUCUUAAAUAAGUAUAGCUUUCAAUUGUGAUAAAAAAAUUUGAUUCAAAGACUCAUUAAAUCAGAAAAAUAUAGGUAUCCAAUAUUCAACAUUGAGCUUUAUGCAACUUUAUAGGUUUGAUGCAUUUCAUAUGUUUUGUAUUCUGCUGCUGAAUAACCUGGAAGUCAGUCGUCAGUAAUGUAAAUUUUUGGACGUCAUUAAAGACAUAAUGACUCAUUUUUUCUACCUUCUGUAAGAAUGAUCUAAAGUCACACUAUCUUCUCACUUUUACUACCAUCUGCUUUUCCUUUGACUUAUAUUUGGUCCUUUUUGUCCAGGAAGCAUACAGUGUCAGCAUUCUUCCUCUGGCACUCUAUUUUGUAAUUAAUAAACUUGGAUCUGGGUCAUUUUGCUAUUCCUGGUCGCCCAGUUUUUUUUAUUUAUUUGUCAUGCAAAUCACUAGGAUUUUUGCAUGAAGUGACUCUUGAUAAUGUCCAUCAAAUUUCAGGGUUUCAGAUACCAGGGCCCUGAUCUUUUUCUAACAUCUUGUGUGAACACAAAUAAACUGUAAUCUUCCACACAUGCAGAUUUGCACAGCGGCUUUGCAGAUUAUUGGCAUCCCUAGCAAAACGUGUGCUUUAAAUACAUGCAUAUCUUAUUACAAGACUAUAAUCUCAAACAGUUGCACAAAAAGCGUCUUUAGAGAAAUUUUAAGAUCAUAUAUUAAGCCCUCAUUUUUUGUGGGGUUUCUGGUCCUCAUCAAGUGUCUCAAAUCCAGUUCUAAACUUUAAUAAUUCUUCCUUUAGGUUAGUUUAGUGAUGCAUCUAUGUUCUUAUUGCAUUUCCUGACUUAUCAAAUCAGCAAAAAAUUUGUUUCUGCAUUAAUUACAUCCUGUGCAAACUCCUGUUUUAGCUCCUCGUCCCAUAAAUCAGAUACGACAUCAGCAUCACAUCCAUCCCUCAUCCCUACACUGUGCACCGAACAGGGAGAACCCCAUUCCCUAUUGGAUAAACAUGCAAAAAGCAAUAGAAAAUUAACUAAAUUUUAACCUUUUAUUUAUGCACUAUAUCAAAAUCUGCUACAACAACAACAAAAAAAGAUUCCUACUGCAAUUAAAAAAUAGGUGUAUUUUAAGGCAGAUAAUGCGAUUGAUGCAUAUUAAUUUUACAUCACUGACUGAAGAUUCCAUGCAUUUAUAAUUGUUUUAUUAAUGUUGAGCUCUUUUUGUGCUUGAUUUCAAGUCCUUUUCAGGGGACUCAUAUUAGAAUCCCAUGGAAAUUUGCAAGGCAAUAGGAUUUGUGCUAGAACUGCCCAUAUAAUAUACUAAAAAAGAGCAAUAGGGAAAUGCAAGAAAAAACAAAAAAACACAAGAUCUAUGGCAGCUAAAAGCAGCUACAGCAAGACACAGAUCGAGCCUGAACACAGGUAAAAGCACAAACAAUGUGACAAUCAAAAACUAGGCCUAAAAGCAGUGAAAAUGCAGAAUUUUAAGAAAAUAUGUGAUCGAAGAUGAAGAAUCGCAUAAGAAUCUCCCUACCUUGCUGGUCUCUUUAAGCACAUCACAACAAUAAGAAUAAAAGCUACCUUCUAUCUUCCAGUUUCGCAUAAGCCUUAUAGUAAUAGACCUUCACCUGAUUUACAGAAUACAACUAAAAUCUUCACAGCAAGUUUAAAAAAAAAAAAAGCUUAUUAUGGGGGCACAAAAACAAACCAAAACAACAAAAGUAGAACAAAACAUUUUGGUGCAGAAGAUGGCACCAUCAGUAAGCCAUAGGCAAAGACAGUUUGCAAAUGGAUAUGAGUGCACUGGAGGAGGGACAGGUAGAUGUGUGGGGAAGUGAGGAGAAUAUGAGAAAUGUGGGUGCAAAAGCAGAUUUGUCUGUUUUUUUUAUAUAUAUAUAUAUAUUCACUGUGAGAAGAAAGAGGAGAGGUGUUUUAGUUGGCUUUGGUCGCCUCUGCCCCCCUGGGAUCAAGCCGAGGACAAAAUGCUAAAAAGGGGGCAUGGAGUCAGAUUGGGAGAGGGUCUGGCAAAAUGACACAAAGUUAAUGCAAAAAAAGCUCCAGUCUGGAGAGAGGAGGAAUGAGUAAAGGUGUAGUAGUGAUGCUUUUUACCACCCACAUCGCUCCUCUGUUAAUUCUAGUUCUUACAGUGUAGUGAAACAGUCAUUGUCCAAUUACAGAUUUCUUCUCUUCUCACUCCCCCCUCCUCACACUUAAAUGUUUCAGAUAAUCAAUCACAUGUUAAUAUUGAUUAAAGACAAAACAAUUUUCAAAGCUGUCUGAACCAGUCUGGCCAUCAGUGAAAAAGUAAUUACCCCCGAAAUCUAAUAGUCUCUUUAAGGUCUUAGCACACUGUUUAAACUGGAUUUAAUUACAGACUUUGACUAGGAUUUAUAUCGUUCUGUUUACAUUUUUAGUGGAGUUGGUGGCGUGCAGUGGGUCCAGUAGGAGGGGUUUUGAUGUUAUUCACAUGGUUUUGAAUCAGUUAUGCAAAGCAACUUUAUCUGAAGCAGGAGUAACGCACAAAUCCAGAGACUUGAAGAUGGGGACCAGUUAGUGCAAGCUCUCAGACAAGAUGGUGACACACAAUCAGAUCCUUGAGCUUUUCUGAUUAUCCGGUGCUAGAAGAGCUUAUUUACAUCUGUCUCAGAGAUCUCUCGUCCAGGCAGGGGUUCUGAGGAGAGUAAGGUAGGAGGUGCAGGUUGAGUUUUUGUGUCAGGGUGAAAUGCGGAGAAGUUUGAGGGAUGCGUGGCUUUUCAGACCUACGGUAGAAGCCGCUGUGGUUGCAUGCCAGGGUUCCGCUCCAGAUGGGGGGAAGGGCUUCGUUAGUUGGUUUUAAAGUAAUCCCAUCAGAGGUCAGUGAACUGCAGGUGUAUAAGCUAAAGUAUGAGGAUAAGCACCGCACAAAUCCACAAGGUUACAAGCCACAGGAAGAUCAAGCAGCUCAGAUUGUCUUUCCAAGAUCAGGAUGGCAGAAGAUUGGGGAAAGCAGGCGUUUGCUCCCUGGAAGAACAAUGAAGAAACUACAAGGGGCUCUGCUUUCACAUACACAAACAGCAAUCAUACAAGAGAUCCGUUUGAGGGACCAAACUACCACAUUGCUCCCCGAUGGGUUUACAACAUCACAACAGUCUGGAUGUGUUUUGUGGUCGUCUUAUCAGUCUUCACAAAUGGUCUGGUCUUGGUAGCCACGGCAAGGUUCAAGAAACUCCGUCAUCCCCUGAACUGGAUCUUAGUCAACCUUGCCAUUGCCGAUCUCGGAGAGACGGUCUUUGCCAGCACCAUCAGCGUGUGCAACCAGUUUUUUGGAUAUUUUAUUUUGGGACAUCCAAUGUGCGUCUUUGAAGGCUACGUUGUCUCGACUUGUGGUAUUGCUGCUCUUUGGUCCCUGACUGUCAUCUCUUGGGAGAGAUGGAUUGUUGUAUGCAAACCUUUUGGAAAUACCAAGUUUGAUGCCAAAUGGGCGACAGCUGGGAUCGUGUUCUCCUGGGUCUGGUCGGCAGUGUGGUGUGCUCCUCCCGUCUUUGGAUGGAGCAGGUACUGGCCCCAUGGGUUGAAAACGUCCUGUGGACCCGAUGUGUUCAGUGGAAGUGAGGACCCCGAUGUCAAGUCCUACAUGAUUGUCCUCAUGAUUACAUGCUGCGUCACUCCUCUGGCUGUCAUCGUCUUGUGCUACCUGGCAGUGUGGUUGGCCAUCCAUGACAUUGCUAUGCAGCAGAAGGAAUGCGAGUCGACCCAGAACGCCCAGAAGGAAGUAUCUAGGAUGGUUGUUGUCAUGAUCUUGGCUUUUUGUGUAUGUUGGGGACCUUACGCCUUUUUUGCUUGCUUUGCCGCAGCCAACCCCGGAUAUGCCUUCCACCCGUUAGCUGCUGCCAUACCUGCAUACUUUGCCAAAAGUGCCACCAUCUACAACCCGGUCAUCUAUGUCUUCAUGAACCGACAGUUCCGCACAUGUAUCAUGCGGCUUUUUGGGAAAGAGGUGGACGAUGGCUCUGAAGUGUCCACCUCAAAGACAGAGGUCUCCUCUGUGGCUCCUGAAUAAACCUUCAUAUCCUCUGUUUUUUAUUUUAUUUUUUUUAUAAUUUUACCUGUAUGUAAAAUAUAAUUUGUUUUAUUUUAAAAGCUUAAAUGUGAAGGUUUUGUGUGUCAAUGCAUGAAAUGAACUUUAAGUAAUUAUUUUAAGAACUCAUGGAUGUGUUAAUGCAGUAAUUCUGGUAAGUCAACUAUUCACCAAUACUCCCUGUUGUCUGUAUUUGUGACUAACAGCUUUUAAUGUGGUUCACUGGAGUCCUGAAGCCUUAGAAAUGGUUUUGUAACCAUUUUGAUGGCACCUUUUGGGCGUCAAUGACUACUUUGUUUCUCAUCUGUGUUUGAAUUUAUUCCAGAUCUGUGCUGUUUAAGAAUUGCUUUGCCUGCUAUGUGAUGUCGGACAGGUUCUAUCUGAGUGAUUUAUUUAAAACAUAUGUCUUAAUGGGCUGAAACAUUUAAAUGUGACAAUACAUCAACACAGAAGAAAUCUGUAAGGUGGAAAACAACAGCACGGAAUAUCUUAUGUAUUUGGCACAAAAACACCCCCUACUCAAACAAAACAGCAUCAGGCAAUAAUCAAGCCGUACAAAAGAUCAGACGAACGAUGAAUGAAAAAGAAUGAGUGCUGGUGCAGAUCUGGAGAAAGAGGCAAUGAUUCGGAGAACUGUUGUUGAUCAGAGGAGGUGGUAGCACAAAUGUGGACUUUACAACUCAGUAAUGAUGAAAUUAGAUGUUGCUAUGCGUCUCACCACAGUACAUAUUCCAUUUACAGCUGAGUCAAAUUAUUGGGGUAGCAAGUUUUAGAUGCUUUUGCUCCGAAAAUUAAAUCAAAUCAAUAUGUAAUCAAUGACAACACAUUUAUCUACCAGCCUUUGUACUUAGGCCGUAUUACUACAUUGUAAGACAAUUUAGUUAUCCUAAAUUUGACCAGAUUGACAAAAUUAAUUCUUAGGAGUUGAAAACAGUAGUCAAAUUACAGUUAUAUGCAAUUACAUAAUUUAGAAAUUUAAGAAAUUUUGUCUUG